UGUUCCCAUUGUAGCCGCUGAGAGUUGAGCUAUGUGCUGGGCAGGGGGAAAGCGCUCGGGUCCACUGGGUAUGUUCAUCCAAGAAGCAGCCGUGGAUGUGAAGGACAUACUGCACGGACACCAUCUGCUUCACUCUACUCUUUCUGCUACAAGGUGUUUAAAGUGCUCUCUCUAAGCAGGGCUCUCAAUGAUUGAGUUAGGCCUGGCUGACGGCAGCCUGAUCGACGAGCUGAUUGAGCUGACGGCCCAGAGCCUCGGUCAGCUGGAGAUCCAGGAACACUUCAAUGUCAUCAAGGAGAUCGGUCGAGGAAAGUAUGGCAAAGUGCUGCUGGUCACACAUCGUUUCAGAGGGACUCCCAUGGCCUUGAAAGUGAUGCCCAAGACCUCAACAAAGCUAAAGGGCUUCCUGCGAGAAUACUGUAUCUCCUUGCAUCUGCAUUGCCACCCCUGCAUCGUGGGCCUCUUUGGCAUUGCCUUUCAGUCUAACGAUCACUACUGCUUCGCCCAGGAGCUCGUUAUUGGGAGGGACCUGUUUGCUGUCAUUCAGCCUAAGGUGGGUAUUCCUGAGUCGUCCGUUAAACGUUGCGUCCUGCAGAUUGCUAGCGCUUUGGAGUUCAUCCAUAGCCGGGGCCUGGUCCACCGAGACGUGAAGCCUGAGAACAUCCUCCUGCUGGAUCAUCAGUGCAGCCAGGUCAAGCUGGCAGACUUUGGUCUGACCCAGAAAACAGGCACUCUUAUCAGCUUCAUUACAGGAACCCUACCUUACAUGUCACCUGAGCUUUGCACUGUUGCUCUACUGGAGGGCCAGAAAGAAGUCACUGCCCCUCCGCUGAGUGUGGAACCAAGUCUGGACACAUGGGCCUUCGGUGUGGUUAUAUUCUGCAUCCUCACAGGCUACUUCCCAUGGGACCGUUGCAUGGACUCAGAUGACUCCUACCAGGAGUUUGCUGACUGGUCCAAACUGGGAGACAGCGCCAACACAGAGGAUGACAUUCCACCACUUUGGAAAAGGUUCACCCCAGAAGCCAUGGAGUUGUUUGGCAAGCUCCUGGCUCUGGAUGCAGAAAAGAGGUCUACCGUUGGGGAGGUGAGACAAUAUGUAGAGAAGGCUUGGCUUAAAAAGGAACAUGAGAUGGAGCAGCUGCAGACAGUAGAAAAGAAAGAAUAAUAUUGGACAUAAAAUAAGAUCUAAUACCCAAUACUUAUAACAGCCUGCAAUUCCAUUUGUAACAUUUGUUGAAAUCAUGCAGAGUAACCAUGCUAUAUCAUGACUUGAGAUUGUUAAAGAAAAUAUAUUGAUUGAAUGAUCUAAAAACAAAUACAUUUCUCCUUUGGGCUUUACAUUUUUCCAAUGUGUGUUGUAAUUCGAUAUGUGUAUCAUAGGUUUGUGCCAUUGGCAUACUUGCCAACCCUCCCGGAUUUUCCGGGAGACUCCCGAAAAUCAGCGCCUCUCCCGAAAACCUCCCGGGACAAAUUUUCUCCGAAAAUCUCCCGAAAUUCAGGCGGACUCAGGUCCUCCACAAUAUAAAAAAGCGUACCUGCCCAAUCACGUUAUAACUGUAGAAUGAUGGAGGGCGAGUUCUUGGUUUCUUAUGUGGGUUUAUUGUUAGGCAGUUUCAUUAACGUCCUCCCAGCGUGGCAACAACACACAACAACAGCAGUCACUUUUUUGUAUACCGUAAAGCAGUUCAUCUGCCGUAAACAGCAAUGUCGUGACACUCUUAAACAGGACAAUACUGCCAUCUAGUGCAUUUGAUGAAAGCACUUUUGUGCGUGCCACACAGCAAUGCAUCAUCAGAGAGGGUGUUCAGCAUGGUUCGAAAAAUAGUGACAGAGAAUAGAACAAGGAUGGACAA